AUGGCUUACUCAACCACCCCCAUCCCUUCUGUUAAAGAAGGCUCACAUAUGGAAGCUCAUCAAGAUGAUGAUAUCAUGAUCAUGGAGGACAUGAAAAGCCACAUCAAGGGAAAACGCACAAAACGUAGGAGACCUGCCUCAUCGGCGCUUACUUUAAGCAUAGCCUGUACCACCUCCUCAUCCUCCACCACCACUACUUCAACCACCACCGGUGCUCCAGCCAACCCUACGUUCUUCCACAUGCCCAUCACAACCUCCAUCGAUUUCACCAACAUCCUUCACGACAAUGACGAAGAUGUCGCCAAUUGCCUGAUCCUUUUGGCUCACGGUCACAAUCUACCAGCAGCACCGUCACCGGUAAACGCCGUGGUGUCGCCUCCAUUAUAUGUUUAUGAAUGCAAAACAUGCAACCGUAGUUUCACCUCCUUCCAAGCCCUUGGUGGCCAUAGAGCCAGCCACAACAAACCCCACAAGGAUGUUCAUUGUCAGCCUUCCAAAAAUAGAACAUCUCUUUCGAUCAGUCCAAACAAGAACGUAAUAUGUAGCCCUAGUGGUUUGAUCAAAGGCCCCAAGGUUCACGAAUGUUCGAUAUGUGGAUCUGAUUUUACAUCUGGCCAGGCAUUAGGUGGUCACAUGAGGCGACAUCGAUCCAUGUCUAUGGCUACAACAACUUGUAGUACAUCCAACGGUUGUCAUGAAUCUAAGAAGCACAAAACCCUACUAUCGUUGGACUUAAAUCUUCCUGCUCCUGUAGAAGAUGAUCACAAGGAAACCAAAUUUGGCUUCAGCUCGAACAACCAAAUCAUUGUAUUUUCGGCACCCUCUUUAGUUGAUUGUCAUUUCUAA